CACUUUCAACCUACCGGUUCGCAUUCGCAGUCCUCACCAUUCCUCUUGCACUGAAAGGUCUCCCGCUAUCCGAAUUUGAACGAUGACGAGGUCGAUCAGAGGUGCUACCACUUUGACCCGAGCCGUCGUAGCCGGCGCGGCCGCCACUGGCGCCUCCCAGCACCGCCUUCUUCAAGCCGCGCUACGCAAUCCCCAGGCGAGCACGAGCUCUCCGUGGCUCUCCGAGGUAUUGAGCGGCCGACGCUGGCCGUUGAUUCCCUCCGCGUCCCAUGGCGUUGCGGGGGCCAGGCUCCUGUCCGCCGCGGCGACGUCUGCCGCUCGGGAAGAGGGCUCGCGAGGGGCGAAGUUUCUCGCCGACGACGUCGUUCUCUACCAGUACGAGGCUUGCCCUUUCUGCAACAAAGUUAAAGCGUUCUUGGAUUACUAUAAAAUCUCACACAAAGUUGUGGAGGUCAACCCCAUGAGCAAGAAAGAGAUCAAAUGGUCUGAUUACAAGAAGGUGCCUAUAUUGAUGGUUGAUGGAAAUCAGAUGAAUGACUCUUCAGCUAUCAUUGAUCAGUUGUUCGGAAAAAUUCAUCCUGAUGAUGUGCCGGAAGAUGAGGAGGAGAGGAAGUGGCGUGGGUGGGUAGAUAAUCAUUUGGUUCAUGUUUUAUCACCAAAUAUAUACAGAACUCCUUCAGAGGCCCUCGAGUCAUUUGACUAUAUUACUACCCAUGGCAACUUCAGCUUCAUGGAGAGAUUAGUUGCUAAGUACAGCGGAGCUGCAGCUAUGUAUUUAGUGUCGAAGAAGUUGAAGAAGAAACACAACAUUACAGAUGAACGUGCAGUCUUGUAUGAAGCUGCUGAAACAUGGGUGGACGCUUUAAAGGGAAGGCCAUAUUGUGGUGGCGUAAAGCCUAAUUUAGCUGAUCUUGCUGUUUUUGGCGUCCUGAGGCCAAUCCGCCACCUCCAAUCUGGUAAAGAUAUGGUGGAUCAUACUCGGAUUGGUGAAUGGUAUGACAGAAUGCAACGCGCCGUGGGGGAUUCUGCUAGAGUAAUGACUUAGUCAUGGCCCAAGUCUAGGGAAUGAAAUUAGAAGACAGCGCAUGAUUUUGUGGAGACGGCAAUGCCCCAAGCCUCAUAAGAAUCUUACUCUUAACCACCCCCUUCCCCUUCAUUUUAUUUUCUGUCAGCAUUUUGGGCUAUUUCUGCUGUUCUUCAUAGCAGUGAGAGAGUACUGGGUCAAUAAGUUGCUUUUGCCAUAUUGAUACGCAUUUCAUAUGAAUUGUAUGCGCUGAUCGCGCUAUAAACCAGCAAUUCAUUUGCAA